AUGAAUCAAGAAUUAGAACAAUUUUUACUCUAUAAAACGUAUGAUAAUUCGAUACAUCCUGUAGGACCUAUCAACUGUCAAGCUGGUUUUUAUUCAUCCGCAAUUCAAAGCAACAUUUGCAUUUUUUUUGAUAUAAAAAUUUCUCCAAAACGAUUAACAAGACAACUCAUAAGAUCCAUAAAAUUUUCAUCAUCUGGAUCAGUAAUUCGAGAGGAUCUUCUUCCAGGUAGUAAUUUUGCACAACCUAUAAAAUUUUCAUCGUCUAAGCCAAUAAUUCGAGAUGAUUUUCAUUUAGAUAAAGAUAGAGACCAUGAUUCUCACAAAUUUGAAAUACAAUAUAUCAUACCAUUGCCGUAUGGCGGAGAAAUAAUAUUCGAAAAUUCAACUACCUUAAUUGAUAAUAUUCAUAAUUAUAGUUCUCUCAAAGUACAUUCUAAUUUUAAAUUAUUUGAAAAAAAAUACGUUAAGUUGUUAAAUUAUGGUGUUUUUAAUAAUAACACCUUAUGGUUUAUCUAUGGGAAUAACACACAUGAUAAUAAACUUAUCACGAUCGAUGUAAACCGUACUUAUAAUGAUUUAGGCUAUGAAAACAUCGCAAUCAUAUCUUCUUAUCCAACAUUGAACAUGUCCAUAAAGUUAUCAUUCAAUGAUCGUAUUAAUAUCAAUUUUGCUUUUCCUAUUGUUCCAUCAUCAGGAAAUAUUUCUGUCUACCAAGUCAUUAAUUCAAAUACUUCAUUAUUGCGUCAAACUUACUCUACUUCCUCUCGUUACUGUAAAGUGCAAAAUAUUUCAACUCUUUCUUGCCGAAUCUUAAAUAGCACAUUUAACCGAAUUGACAGCACAUACAUUAUCACUGCUAGUGAUGAUUUCGUUAGAUCAUCAUUAUUUAAUGAACCACUUCGUGGAAUUAAAAAAGAUAUUUGGCGUGUGAUGACACCAAAAUGUUCAACGGAGGCUGCAUUAAAUUUUAAAUUAAGCCAUGAUCAAUUUUCAAAGGUCAUUCAGUCGCAGUUGCUUGAUGAUAUAAAGUAUAGUAUUCCUUUAACGGAUAAUCGGCUAAAUAUAAUCAAUACUCAACCGAAUCCUAUAAAUCCCGCAGAAACACGAAUCAUAUUUUCAAUUGAUAAGGCAAAGGAUUCUUUAAAUGAGCCAGGCGUAGAUAAUAUUAUAAAUGAUUUAAAUGACUUAAUAAAGCAUAAACAUAUAAGUGCUCUUUCUGAUAAAAAAUCCAUAGGUUUUCUUGACUCUAAAUAUGGAUUUCAAGUCAAACCGAGUUUUUGGCAUGAGUAUUGGCUCGAGUUGACGAUCCUAGCAGUUGUUAUAUUUAUAACAUUUAGUAUCUAUUUAAUUGCCAGAAAACGUCACCCAGAGGGCCAAAACUAUUUUGUGUUUAAAAUAGUUUUGAUAAUUUUAGAUUUGAUUUUCGAGAUACUUUUCAUAAUUAAUGAUGGUCAUGAUGUUCCAUUUUUAUUUAUUCCUAGCCUAGUUAUCCUAGUUGCAUCAAUAUUAUUUAACACGAUUUUUACUCUAAUUGAAAUUUUGAAAAAUGGGGAUUUUUACGAAUGGCAUAAUAAUUAUGAAGCUAUUGUUUCAAUAUUUACACUAAUUGCAUGUAUUGAUGUUGCAGCUCUAUAUGCUCUAUCUUCAAAUUUUGCUGGUCUUAAAUUUUUUUCCGUUAAAAUGUCAGAAAAAACCAAUAAACAGAUUAAAUUUGGUACUUUUGUGAAUUUGAUUUUUGAGGAUUGCUCUAACUUUGGUAUUAAGGUAACUACUUUGAAAUGCUUUAUCUAA